ACAUGUUUCCAUCAUGGCGGCCCCCGCUAAAAAGAUGGUUGGUGUUUCUGACGACUCUAGCAGCAGCGACGACGAAGUGCUGAAAAGAUGUCAGGAGGCAGUUUGGGAGACCAAACCUGACAAGAAGAAAGAUGGAGACAGCAUUAUACCACAGUCAAAGCGUAUUGUUGUGGCUGACCAUGAACAUGAUGGAAAUGAGCUCCAGGUCACAAAAGGAUUUCAAACACACGUCGCUAAAAAGCUGGGAAGCUUUCUUGAUAAUUAUAUAGAGAUCCAGAGUGAACAUUCAUCCUGUGUGGAGUCAGCAAAAUGUGACGAUGAGGAUGAAGGAUUCCGCCUCUUUUCUUCAUCAGUCCCAGGACAAAAAGCUGAUGAACCUCCAGCUCCUGUGAGGCGACGGCCUGUUCCCAGCUCAAGUGACAGCGACAGCGAGAUGGAAACAAGGCUGAAAGAAGCAGCUGUGUCCAUCAAAGAUCUCUUACCCUCGCUGUCCCAACCGUCUACGCUUCCAGCUCCAUCUGCAGCGCCUCCAUGCUCAGAAAAAAUGAAGAAAAAGAAAAAGAAGAAAGUGGCUGAGGAAGAGGAAAGCCAUGUUGUUAAAAAGAAGAAGAAAAAGAGGAAACAGAAUAAAGACUCUGCAGCUUCUCCUCUUGAUGCUCAAAACAAUGGUGGGCACGAAAACUCAGAGCUGGAACACACGGGAGUAAAAGUGAAAAAGAAAAAGAAGCAAGAAUUAAAUGAAAAAGACUGAAUUUUUCAGGACCUGUUCUGCUAUUUCAGGAUUCCUGUGAGUCAUCAUGUCAGGCACAAGCUUGAAAUAGUUACACUGUUUUUUAUUUUACAUGUUUUUGUGUAUUUUAGAAAGAAACGUGUUUCAGAACAAAUAAAUUCCAGUAAAAAUA